AUGCGCGUCUCAUCAGAACACCUGGUGUUUCAUGUUCAGAAUCUGAUACAACGUUUGCUUUCGUUUCACAUCCUUGCACUUGAGCACCGUCACACAUAAAUCAAGGCAAGAAGCUUUUUUCUUCAUUCAACCCAAUUUACGGAGUUUAGUGAACUUAGAAUUCCUUCCAGAUAUCAAAGAAGUUGCUAGCGAUUACGACAUGUCUGCUGCGCCUUCAACACCAACUAGACCAAAGGCUCUGGCCAUGGGAUCCUACACUCCCAAAUCAGCUAGCGCACUGCGAAAAAGGCUUUCAUUUGAAAGAGACAAAUUUUCACGAGCAUCCAAGAGGUCGCCUUUUCUGGGAAAGGAAUGGGCCUGUGAUGGCGGGCUUCCCAAACCCUUGGAUUCGCCCGAAAAUAGUGAUUGUUCCGUUUUUUCGGAACAAAACUCGUCUGCAACGACCCCCAUCACACCGCUAUCGACUUCGAAACCGCAGUUUCUCAUGCCAACGCCACUGACUAUUGGAACAGGCCGUAAACCCCGAGGCGAAACAGGCUACUUGCGGCCCAUUGCAAAGUCAAGGUCCUUGCUCGCAAGCCUCCAGGCUAUACGCGAUCAGCCAUCGAAAGAGCCUUCCGAGAAGGACGCGUCCAAAGCGAAUGGGCUUCUUGAAGCCCCUGAGUUCAAAAAUGAUUUUGGUAAGUGUCUCAAGAAUUCAGGAACGUAUUUCUCCCCGGCACUUCAACUGAAUGUCAGUUUAUUUUCCACUGGCCAGAAUGCACCAGUCACCAGCUCAGGAAUUGCCGAAAUGACGCUUUUCGAGGCGAAGAAGCUGCUUGAAGAUCUGCCAGACAGGCACGACGCAAAUAAUACACCCCACACACCGUUGCGAAAGCCAAGAAUCGCGCAGAACCCCCAAUUUGAACUGUUUGUUGACUCCGAUGGGCCUGUGCAUCUUAUGAGGGUCGAAGAUCUAGAUAAGAUCCCACGGAUGAAAGUAACCAAUCCUUUCAUUGACCAGGACCCGCGCGACGAGCAAACUGAAAAACAAGUGAUCGAUUAUUCUACGCACAUGGAAAUGGUGAACACGCGCACAGGAGAGCGCAAAGUGGUAGUCUUGUCCGAGGAGCAAAGGAGAUUCAAGCCGAAGAAAUUGGACUUCACGCUGGCCGUGGCCAGUCCCCGAAUCCCCGACUACAAGAUCACCAACAAGUAUUUGGGGAGCAACAUUGGCAAAAACUUCACCAUGGGUGAGACGGGCCGGAAAGGCAUGCCUGAUUUUGACAUAUUCAAAGACCGCAGCUGACCGCAGGCUUGAAAUACACGCUGGACUGGUUCCACCGCAUGUUUUGCCCUGUGUUACCAGGGACUGUAGAGCUUACAACCAUUGAAAGUUCAUGUACCACUUUGUAAAAGCCUCGAGCAUCGGGAAAUUUCCAGCAUCCUAUACCAUCUCAAUCCAUAAAAACUUUCUCACAGAUUUUGUAGAGCUUCAAGCUAGUGGAAGAGUCUAAGAGAGCCUCAGGCCAGUUUGGAAUCACAAGAGUUUCAAGCCCGCUUGUACUUCCGAAUAUUGUCCCACGCAAUAGAAUUGGCGUUCGGUAGCUUGAUGACUUCUAUUUGGUUCAACAUCUCAGGCACGUUCUUGUCUGGGUAGCGGGCCACGUACCGCACAGGCUCGCUCAAGGCAUGGGCCGGGUCCUCGUCUUCCCCACGCAACUCACACGGAAGCUUCUCCAUAAUUUCGGCGUAGUCAGACGGAAGCAGGAAGCGGGCAG